ACAGACAAAGUCUACAUACUGGCCACAAACGAUUUAUUCAAAAAGCAAUACAUUCACUCACCAUCGAUGUCGCUCUCUUAACCUCCUCACCUGGUCACUCACCACUAGCCAAUGUGCAAAUGAGUCUCCAAGUAAAUAUCCCCCUGAAAAACCAUGUUGUUCGCAUUGUUAUCAACCCAUUAAUUACAAAUUCACAAUUCCAUUGUCAAUUCUGAAACGGGAGACCUUUGACUAUGCAGUGACACAGAUAGGGCCCCAGCCUUUGUUUGACUCAGAUGAUGACUUCCAUGUUAUCUGCCUUUGGAAAUGUCACCCGCUUUGCCUCAUUCUGUCGCACGCAUCCCCUACUCCUUGCUGUGUGAACCCCCCACCCGUGACCUCAUCCCUCUUUUUUCAGAGAGAGAGUGAUGGAGAAAUAUGCGGGGAGAAGCCAGUCAUGGGAGGAGAAUAAUUAGAGCAGCUGGGGUUACACAGAGUCAGCACUGAAAAAGUGUGAAGUGGUAUAGGAGAACAGAUAACGUUUUACUUUAAAAUAAGUUCUAUAUAAUAAUAAUAAGAUGUAUUUUAUUUAGUGCUUUUCAUUACAAGUAGAAUCUCAGUCACUUUGAAAACAAAAUAAACCAAAAACAAUUUAACAAAACAAAUAUAGGGAUCUGUCAUUAUUUUGGCGAUGGUCUUCCACAUCUUUAGAUGAUAGGCAGUUCAGAAAGGUAGUAUCUUGAGAGGAAAGAGCAUAGAUGUAGACUGUAGAGACAUCUGACAGACAGGCCACGGAGCUCCUCAACGGGCACCUCAUCGUCUUCCAUAGUCACAGCUCCUCCUCCGUCGGUAGGCUGGAUCUUCCACUACUGAAAUGUAGCACAUAUGUCCAUUUGUAGUAUACUGUAUGUACUAAACUGGGUAUUUGUUCUUGUCUAAACCGACAUGUUGACAUGGUGGCAUCACACUUCUGAACUGUGUCAUCAUACCCAAUAUUCCUACUGUACCCCUUUAGAAGAUUUGAUAAUGUUAGUGUGUCCUCUUUGAACAGAAUGUUUUUUAGGUAGCCUACAUUGAGUCACAAGAUACAUGUGUAGGUCAGAGCUAUAGAUACAUGGAUGACUAGUUUAUUGCCUAACCUAUUUUUCUUAUUUUCAUCUCUGCUAAUUUACAGGAAUUAAGAAGGUAAUUUUAAUUUGACAUUUAGAGACCAUAAAUGGCCAAUGAUAACUGCAACUUUAAAUAUGUAUUAGUAAGGUGUUUUGACACUUUAUUCAGAUAGUGAGGAAAUUAAGUGGGGAGACAGGCAAGUGGGAGAAACAGUGGACGCAGGGAUUGAACCCUGGUGUCUGGUGGGGAUUUGUAUGUAAAAUGUGCCACUACACCAUGGCUCUGCACAUUAACACGUUUUGCAUGAGCAGAAAUGUCUGUCAGUCAAGUGAGUUUGAGGUGGGUGAUGACCACGUAAAAGGGAGGUGCAAAAUGAGGAUUCAAAUGAAACGUGGGUUUGACAUCCAGAAAAUGAGUUUUUCUCGCAAUCAGAUUACAAACUACUCUGACAUCAUCGUCGCGUUUGGGCAUUAUUGGCAAAUUAUGCCACCUUUGGUCAGUGCUUUGUCUCCAUAAAGGUCUCUGGGUCUAUCUCUCGCUCAUAUCUAUGACUGUCCUGGGUUGGAGGGUCUGUGUGUGUGUGCAAGUUCCACGUCUACCUCGUAGGGCUGAGGACCCCUUUAUAAACCAAUACCAGGUCACUGGGGAAGUCACACAACACUUGCCACCACAGAGAGACAGAGAGAAACACCUGCUCCAAACAGCCCAGUCAGCCAUUGAAGAAUCUAUUCUCUCUCCUCUUCUUUUGCUCACUUGUUCUUUCACCUCCUGGGACAUGAUGUGGAAAGCACUGGUAUUAGCUGUGUGUCUGCUGGUGGCUGGGGUGCAGGGGAUGGAGCGCCCCACGUAUGGAGUGAAGCUCUGUGGUCGGGAGUUCAUCCGGGCGGUCAUCUUCACCUGUGGAGGAUCUCGCUGGAGACGGUCACUCGGGAGUGCAGGAGACUUCCCUCAGGACCCUUUCAGCUCCCAUGACGAGGACUUAUCUGAAGGCUGGAACCCAGACUCUCAGGUCCCCGAGGGUCCCUUCCAGCAGGUCCAAGAGGGUGGAGUGUUCAUCAGCAGGCCAGCCCGCUCCCUCAUCUCAGAGGAGGUACUGGAGGCUCUCCGUAUGUCUGACCGUAAGGGCCGUGAUGUGGUGGUGGGCCUGUCCAACGCCUGCUGCAAGUGGGGCUGCAGCAAGGGAGAAAUCAGCUCCCUUUGCUGAGAAUCCACCCCUUUCUCGCCCCUCCCAUGCACACACAUAGGCCUACACAUACAUGGUAUUUUCUCAUAUUUCUCUCUCUCUCUCGUUUUUUCAAACUGCUCUCCCCUCUUCCUAGUGUUUCCGAGUUACAGUAUCAUGUUAACUGUGCAGGGAAAAUAUAACCUUAUUCUCCAUAUAGACCCAGUCGGUAUUAGAUAGAACGCUGCGACCCUGCCUGCCUGUAAAACAACCUGUGUUUACCUAGGUACCGGUACCCCCUGUAUAUAGCCUCGCUACUGUUAUUUUACAGCUGCUCUUUAAUGAUUUGUUAUUUAUUU